AUGAAGUGUGACAGCGGUGGGAUAUCGUGGGGUGGGACAAGAUCCCCGGAUUUUUCAGUGUUGACUGAAGUUUCUCGAAUUUACGCCCUUACGCGAGCAGCUUUUAGCGAGCGGAACGGUGAAAAUUCGAGUCGAAAUUUUUCAAUCAUGGCCAAAAAACGGGAAGGGGAGAAGAAUAGAUCCGAUGACCAAGGUUCGAAUGAGAAGGGCGACGAUGACGGAAAUUUUAGUGAUCCCGACGACUACGUCGACAAUAUCAGUGAUGAAGGCAAGGUGUCGAAAAAGUUUCAAAGACCAAGAAAACGCCGCGUUUCCGAAUUGCUGGGUGAUCUGUUGAGAAAACGGCCGUCAGAGACGAGUGGAGUAGAAACCCUCGUCGCUGUAGAUGGAAUCCCUGUGGUGGAUGCGACGCGUUUGCCGAAACUGCAGGGUGUAAUCAACAAUUAUUUCUCUUCUUGCGGACCCGUUGCGAAUCUACACUUCCCCAAGGAUGAAGCGGGAAAAACGAAAGGUUACGCGUUUAUCGAGUUCAAAGAUCCCGCAUCAGCAGCUGAAGCUGUGAAGAAGUUCGACGGCCACAAAUUAGACAAGCAACACACUUUUCUCGUUAACCACCUUGUCGAUUUUGAAAAGUAUGAGAAAGUACCAGAGAAGUGGGAUCCUCCUGCACCGCGGCCGUAUGAAGACCAUGGGAACUUGCGUUACUGGCUGGAAGACCCCGACUGUUAUGACCAAUAUUCGGUUAUCUAUGAAGGUGGCGAACGAACUGGCGUGUUCUGGAACUCCGUACCUGAGUCAACACUGAUUCAAGAGCGUUCUCGUUGGACGGAGACUUAUGUUGAAUGGUCCCCGAUGGGUACUUAUUUGGCUACAUUCCACCGAAUGGGAGUGGCCCUGUGGGGCGGCGUAAAAUUCCUCCAGGUUGUCAAGUUUGAGCACUGCAACGUGCAGUUCAUCCACUUUUCACCGAACGAGAACUAUGUGGUAACGUUUGCCCCGCACACCCGUGCACAUCCCACUACUGGCGAGGAACAUCCGCUGAUCGUGUGGGACGUGCGAACCGGGUUGCGAAAGCGUGGAUUUCAAGUGGAGAUGCAAACCCCAUGGCCAAUUUUCAAGUGGUCUCACGACGACAAGUAUUUUGCGCGCUGCACGCCAGAAGGCCUGAGCGUGUAUGAAACCCCUUCCUUCGGUCUUCUCGACAAGAAAAGUUUCAAAAUUAAUGGGAUCCGGGACUUCUCUUGGUCCCCGUCGGCUAACAUCAUUGCGUAUUGGGUCGCUGAAGACCGAGAAAUUCCCGCUCGUGUCACACUUGUUUCGAUUCCGAGUCGAACUGAAGUGCGAGUGAAGAAUUUAUUCAGCGUUGCUGAUUGCAAGAUGCAUUGGCAGAAAUCAGGAGACUAUCUGUGCGUUAAAGUAGAUCGUUACGCAAAAGCGAAGAAAGACAACAAGGACGAGAUGAAGUAUAGCGGUAUGUUUUACAACUUUGAAGUAUUCCAUAUGAGAGAAAAGCAGAUUCCCGUGGAUAAUGUGGAAGUCAAAGAGCCUGUCCUCGCGUUUGCGUGGGAACCAGUCGGUAAUAAAUUCGCCAUCAUUCAUGGCGAAAAUCCCGCGAUCAAUGUUUCAUUUUACCAAGUCAAACCUGGUCAAACAACUCCUGUCUUGCUCAAAAAAUUUGAGCGCAAAACCUGCAACACCAUUUCCUGGAGUCCGCAAGGGCAGUUUUGUGUCGUCGCGGGAUUGAAAGGGAUGAGUGGAGCUCUUGAUUUCAUUGACACGGGUUCCAAGGAAAUCAACAUAAUGGCCUCCGCUGAACAUUUUAUGGUCUCUGAUAUCGAAUGGGAUCCCACUGGUCGAUACGUGGUCACCGCUGUUUCCUUUUGGUUCACAAAGGUGGACACUGGUUAUUGGCUGUGGACGUUUCAAGGAAAGCUGUUGCAGAAGCACGCGAAGGAUAAAUUCUGCCAACUGUGCUGGCGCCCGCGCCCGCCGUGUCUUCUAUCUGCUGAGCAGAUCAAGGAGAUCAAGAAAAAUCUGAAGAAGUUCUCAGCGGACUUCGAAGUUAAGGACAGAAUGAAGCAGAGCAAAGAAUCCAAGGAACUGCUGGAAAAACGAUCGAGGCUGAACCGGGACUUCCAAGAGUAUCGCGCCAAGCGACAGAAGGACUGGCAGGAGCAGCGAAAGGCACGUUUGGCGAUGCGCGACGGCGUCGACACCGACACGCUCGACGCCGGCAACGCCGUCAUGGAGGAGGAGACGAUAGAGUACUUGGUCAAGGAAGACAUCAUUGUCCUCGAGGAGUAAUUGACGCUCGACAAGCCUGGUUGCAACUCCCCUUGCAAUCGAUUUGCGGCAAAACGCCUCGGUUUACCGCUCGUCUUUUCGUGUGUUUCUAUCAAUCUAAGGGUCUGUGUGCAGCGAGCGAGCGUCGUUGUUCCGUUCGGAGUUCCCAACAAAACGAGAAACCAAAAGGGCGUCUUCACUGUCACAGCUGUCUAGUUGCUGAUCUUUCCGUAGCUUUGUCCGUUUCUCUGAAAAGAGCAGUCUUGUGCACGUGUUCAAAAAUCCUUGGAGGGGGUGAAAAAAAAAAGAGUUGACUUGCGGAAAUUUCCGCGUUUUGUUAAUCUGUGGAAUUUUCUCGAGGCAAUUUAUUGUGAUUGAGGAGUUAUUUUUUCCGAGCGCGUGUGCGAGUCUGCUUUUAGACACGAAAGUUUUCCUUUUGCAGUUGAUCUGCGUAACUGUUUCUCUCCGAAAUUUGCCUGACAGCCUGUUGUGUCUCUGCAUUUUGCAUGGGUGUUCGGGGAAAUGCGUAGUUUUGGGUUCAGAAGUGGCGCCUAUGGUGUCGUUUUACGACUCAAGACUGGGCAGUAUUUUCACGUGCCCGUGCGGUUAAGAAGUGUUUUGGGUCUUACCGCCUGGUUGUCUUUGAUUCUAGUUGCUGACUUUCGAAGCCCCUUGCGAAUGAAGAACGAGAUCCCGGGAGGAAAAU